GCGCGAGGAAGGCUGAUCUCAGGCCAGGACCUCGCUGCCGUCCUCUUAUCCUGGGCCGGGUUUGCGACCGGCUCGCUUCACCCCAGAACCGGGAAGUGGGUGCACACCCCCCGCAGAGGCGUGGGGGAGCCCCGCAGGUAGCCUCUGCGCUGAUGGUCCGCCGAUGUCUCGCUUGCUGGAGGUGGGGAGUGUAGGAAGCUGUCAGGCAGUCCGUCCACAGGUGGAGGGAGGGGUAGAAGAUGAACAAGCCUCUGACACCAUCCACGUACGUUCGCAGCCUCAAUGUCGGAAUCAUUCGGAAGCUGUCGGAUUUUAUCGAUCCUCAGGAAGGAUGGAAGAAAUUAGCAGUGGCUAUUAAAAAGCCAUCUGGGGAUGAUAGAUACAAUCAAUUUCAUAUAAGGAGAUUCGAGGCGUUACUCCAGACUGGAAAAAGCCCCACUUGUGAGCUGCUGUUUGACUGGGGUACCACCAACUGCACAGUCGGGGACCUUGUGGAUCUUCUGGUCCAGAUUGAACUCUUUGCCCCUGCUACUCUCCUGCUGCCGGACGCUGUCCCCCACACUGUCAGCUGUGUACCUCCUAGAGAAACCGCAACAGUGGAGCAGACACACCGGCCUUGCUGCGAAAAAGACAGCACACCUGUAAUGCCUGUGCCGAGGCCAGAACAGAGCUGUGGGCAGCCCGACUCCUCCAGCCCCGCCGAGAAGAGUCUGGAAUUCAGCGAUACGGAUACUCGUUUUCACAGUUUUUCAUUUUAUGAACUGAAAAGUAUCACAAAUGACUUUGACGAACGGCCUGUUUCUCUCGGCGGCAGCAGAAUGGGAGAGGGAGGCUUCGGAGUGGUGUACAAAGGCUGCGUGAACAACAGGACCGUGGCGGUGAAGAAGCUCGGAGCGAUGGUUGAAAUCAGUAGUGAAGAACUGAAGCAACAGUUUGACCAAGAAAUUAAAGUAAUGGCGAAGUGUCAGCACGAAAACCUGGUAGAGCUGCUUGGCUUCUCAAGUGACAGCGAUGACCUGUGCUUAGUGUAUGCUUACAUGCCCAAUGGUUCCUUGCUAGACAGACUGUCCUGCCUGGAUGGCACUCCGCCACUUUCUUGGCACAUGCGAUGCAAGAUUGCUCAGGGUGCAGCUGAUGGCAUCAGUUUUCUACACGAAAACCACCAUAUUCAUAGGGAUAUUAAAAGUGCAAAUAUCUUACUAGACAAAGACUUUACCGCCAAAAUAUCUGACUUUGGGCUCGCCCGGGCUUCUGCAAAGUUUACCCAGACAGUCAUGACCAGCCGCAUCAUGGGCACAACGGCUUAUAUGGCACCCGAAGCUUUGCGAGGAGAAAUAACACCCAAAUCUGACAUCUACAGCUUCGGUGUGGUUUUGUUAGAGCUAAUAACCGGACUUGCGGCUGUGGAUGAAAACCGUGAACCUCAGUUACUCCUGGAUAUUAAAGACGAGAUUGAGGAUGAGGAGAAGACGAUUGAAGACUACACGGAUGAGAAGAUGGACGAUGCUGACCCUGCCUCCAUCGAAGCCAUGUACGCUGCGGCCAGCCAGUGUCUGCACGAGAAGAAAAACAAGAGGCCAGACAUUACGAAGGUUCAACAGCUGCUACAAGAGAUGUCUGCUGAAAAGGAAUGAAACAGACUUCAUUUUUUAUAUGGAUAUCGACACACACACCUUUUUUUUUUUUUUUUUUUACUUCUUGCGGUCAUGGAGACUGAACAAGCACUUUGGCACUGAGCUACAUCACCAGCCUGCUUUGGUUUUUGUGUUUUUUUUUUUUUCCUUAAAUGUUCUUUAGCAAGGUGGCAUGGUGCAAUGCAAUGUCCUGGUGAAUUAAUGGAUGUGUUGACACACCACAAAAUUGACAGUAGCUUGGCAGCACUCGGGCCCCGCCUACUUUGUGUGGAGAUCAUUUUCCAUUACAACAUCACCAAACUACAGCAGCCUCGCGAUUCAGGAAAACAACCCUGCACUAUAGGGUGCAGAGACCCUAGGGUUUGGGGUUUGGGUUUUUUUUUGAGGGAAUAGUUUUUUUUUGAGACAGUGUAGCCCUAGAUGUCCUGGAACUCACUCUCUCUGUAGACCAGGCUGGCCUCGAACUCAGAGAUCAGGAUUUAAAAGCAUGCAUCACCACCAUCUGGCCCGGGACCCUGGUUUAAAGCUCAGCAGACUCCACUAAUCCCCUGUAAAGCUCCGGUCCAGCUCUUAGCCACCAUAAGCCUCGGUUUUGGCUUUUCUUUUUUGUUAAUGAACUCCAUGCUCCUGUAAAUACUGCUCCUAUGCUCCUGUAAGUAACCACCCACCACUGCUCCUGUAGCCCUCAUUAAACUCACUGGGUCCUCAGGGUCGACAC